AGGAGCGCGGAGGGGGCGGCCACUAGCACCGCGCAGCGCACGGGAGCGCGCCCCGCAGCUUGGUCUUGACUGCUGAUCUCGGGAGCCCAGUGGUGCAAUCGGGGUGAGUACCGAGUCGGCCCAACUGACGUUGCCGGGGACAGCGGGUGCGAACCUCUUCCCGGGCAUCCGGGGCGGGACCGAGGGGCGCACAACAGCCUGGGGCGCGGGAGAGUUGGGGAAGGGCGAGGGAGAGAAUCUGGGACUCCUUCCUGAGACUGACCUCUCCGCCUUGGCCGCAGGCUGUGCCUAGCCGGGAUAUCUUGUCACCAGGAAUCAUGAGCAAUCCAUUUGCACACCUUGCUGAGCCUCUGGAUCCUGCAGAACCAGGAAAGAAAUUCUUCAAUUUGAAUAAGUUAGGGGAUUCCAGAUAUGGACGUUUACCAUUUUCUAUCAGAGUUCUACUGGAGGCAGCCGUUAGGAACUGUGAUCAAUUUUUGGUGAAGAAAAACGACAUUGAAAAUAUCCUAAAUUGGAAUGUCAUGCAGCAUAAGAACAUAGAGGUGCCAUUUAAGCCUGCACGUGUCAUUCUACAGGACUUUACGGGUGUGCCAGCUGUUGUUGACUUUGCUGCAAUGCGUGAUGCUGUGAAAAAGUUAGGAGGAGAUCCAGAGAAGAUAAACCCCGUCUGUCCUGCUGAUCUUGUGAUUGAUCAUUCCAUCCAGGUUGAUUUCAACAGAAGGGUGGACAGUUUGCAGAAGAACCAAGACCUGGAAUUUGAAAGAAAUAGAGAACGAUUUAAAUUUUUAAAGUGGGGUUCUCAAGCUUUCCAGAACAUGCGGAUUAUUCCUCCUGGUUCAGGGAUCAUCCACCAGGUGAACCUGGAGUAUCUGGCAAGAGUGGUAUUUGACCAGGAUGGAUAUUAUUACCCAGACAGCCUUGUGGGCACAGAUUCACAUACCACCAUGAUUGAUGGUUUGGGAGUUCUUGGUUGGGGUGUGGGUGGCAUUGAAGCAGAAGCUGUAAUGCUGGGCCAGCCAAUCAGCAUGGUUCUCCCCCAAGUGAUUGGCUACAAGCUGAUGGGAAAUCCUCACCCCCUGGUAACAUCCACUGACAUUGUGCUCACCAUCACCAAGCACCUCCGCCAGGUUGGGGUCGUGGGCAAAUUUGUUGAGUUCUUUGGGCCUGGAGUAGCCCAGUUGUCCAUUGCUGACCGAGCUACUAUUGCCAACAUGUGUCCAGAGUAUGGAGCAACUGCUGCCUUUUUCCCUGUUGAUGAAGUUAGUAUCAAGUACCUGGUACAGACAGGUCGUGAUGAAAAAAAAGUAAAGUAUAUUAAGAAGUAUCUUCAGACAGUGGGAAUGUUCCGAGAUUUCAGUGACCCAUCUCAAGACCCAGACUUUGCCCAGGUUGUGGAAUUAGACCUGAAAACCGUAGUUCCUUGCUGCAGUGGACCCAAAAGACCUCAGGACAAAGUUGCUGUGUCAGACAUGAAAAAGGACUUUGAGAGCUGCCUUGGAGCUAAACAAGGAUUUAAAGGAUUCCAGGUUGCUCCAGAUCACCAUAGCAACCAUAAGACUUUUAUCUACAAUAAUAGCGAGUUCACCCUUGCUCAUGGUUCUGUGGUAAUUGCUGCUAUUACUAGCUGCACAAACACCAGUAAUCCUUCAGUGAUGUUAGGUGCAGGCUUGUUAGCAAAGAAAGCUGUGGAUGCCGGCCUGAACGUGAAGCCCUACAUCAAAACCAGCCUGUCUCCUGGGAGUGGUGUGGUAACCUACUACUUGCGAGAAAGUGGAGUCAUGCCUUACCUAUCUCAGCUGGGGUUUGACGUGGUGGGCUAUGGCUGCAUGACCUGCAUUGGCAAUAGUGGGCCCUUACCUGAACCUGUGGUAGCAGCCAUCACACAGGGAGACCUUGUAGCUGUUGGAGUACUAUCUGGGAACAGGAAUUUUGAAGGUCGAGUUCACCCUAAUACUCGGGCGAACUACUUAGCCUCCCCUCCCUUAGUAAUAGCAUAUGCAAUUGCUGGAACCAUCAGGAUUGACUUUGAGAAAGAGCCACUGGGGGUGAAUGCAAAGGGGCAACAAGUAUUUCUGAGAGAUAUUUGGCCAACUAGAGAAGAGAUCCAGGCGGUGGAGCGUCAAUAUGUCAUCCCUGGGAUGUUUAAAGAGGUCUAUCAGAAAAUAGAGACUGUGAAUGAAAGUUGGAAUUCCUUGGCAGCUCCAACAGAUAAGUUAUAUUGCUGGAAUCCCAAAUCUACUUAUAUUAAAUCACCACCAUUCUUUGAAAACCUGACUUUAGAUCUUCAGCCUCCUAAAUCUAUAGUGGAUGCCUAUGUGCUAUUAAAUUUGGGAGAUUCAGUAACAACGGACCACAUCUCUCCAGCUGGAAAUAUUGCAAGAAAUAGCCCUGCUGCUCGCUACUUAACCAACAGAGGCCUGACUCCACGAGAAUUCAAUUCCUAUGGUUCUCGCCGAGGGAAUGAUGCUAUCAUGGCGCGGGGAACAUUUGCCAACAUUCGCUUAUUAAACAAAUUUUUAAAUAAGCAGGCACCACAGACUAUACAUCUGCCAUCUGGAGAAGUUCUUGAUGUGUUUGAUGCUGCUGAGCGAUACCAGCAGGCCGGCCUCCCCCUGAUUGUUCUAGCUGGGAAAGAGUAUGGUUCAGGCAGCUCCCGAGACUGGGCCGCCAAAGGACCUUUCCUACUGGGAAUCAAAGCUGUGCUGGCUGAGAGCUAUGAGCGCAUUCAUCGCAGUAACUUGGUUGGAAUGGGGGUGAUCCCCCUUGAAUACCUCCCUGGGGAGAAUGCAGACACCCUGGGACUCACAGGGCGGGAACGAUACACUGUCAUCAUUCCAGAAAGCCUCAAACCACAAAUGAAAGUCCAGGUCAAGCUGGAUACUGGGAAGACCUUCCAGGCUGUCAUGAGGUUUGACACCGAUGUGGAGCUCACUUAUUUCCACAAUGGGGGCAUCCUCAACUACAUGAUCCGCAAGAUGGCUAAGUAGACCUUGGUGCUUUAGGAGCCGUGGGGGGCGGUGAAGCUGCGCCUGCUGGAAGCCAGGCAGGUGUCCCUGUGUGAAGUGCCCUUCCCAAACUCCUGGCAAUGGCUGGGCCUUGCCACCAAGGCUCUGCAGCCCUGGUGCCAUUCCUCCAGACACAAAAUCAACAGUGUCUAUUUUUGUUAAUCUUUUUAUCUUUUUCUAGAAAUUGGAAGUCACAAUAGGGAAUGGGGAAUGACUAUAGGUUGUUAAAGAGAACUCUAUCUUUAAGAUUACUUCUCACAGGAUGUUGAUUUUUUACUCUUGAUUAACUAAUUCUCAGCUUAACAAGUUUUCUCAGAAGAUGUCUCCACUCCUUUUUGUCAUCAUUGUGCCUCUCUCAUGUCCUCACUCAAAAUCUUCCUCUGAAGGUCAUUCUCCUUUAUAAAACUAUACCAGUGUUAAUUUACAGUGGAUAUACAGGAAGUAGUUUUCAUACUUCAGAUCAUGGUGAUUGUCAUUCUGUCCCUUCCAGAUAACUCCUGGACUGGUCAAACAUGACUUUUUUUUCCUUUUUUGAUUGUGUACCUUUUGAUAGAUCAGCAUUAAAGAAGUAUAAAGUUAUCUCUGACUAUCUUUAGAAAUCUUCCCCAGAAAAUUUUUCAUUUGUCACAAGGGGAACUUUGCAGAUGAUUUGGGCAAGAGACAUGGAACAGUUCUAAUUUGAAUAUGAUUAAAUCUAUUUUCAAAUACAACCUUUUGAUUUUUAAAUUGAAGUGUGUGUGUGUUUGUGUGUGUACAUGUGUGGGGCUAUAGUUUCAGGAUACAGUUUGUGAAUCUCAGACUGUAGAAGCUGAAGCCUGAAUGGCCUUUUAGUUCACCUAUUUCAACAACUACAUCAAUAAAAUGCAGGUGAAAUUGAA